AUGCGCGAACGCGUGAGCAGGAAACGGAAGAACCCCGACACCAGCACCACAACACCACGACACGGAACUUCCUCCUCCUCCGCGAAACAGAGGAAAAGAACGUCCAAGACCAAGAAGGAAAAUAGGACUCAGGACCCGAAUGGGUUCUGGGGAAUAAAACGGAUCGUCAAGCAGGAAUACCGAGACGGGAACAUAUGGUAUCUGGUCGACUGGGAGGACGACGAGGUCACUGGAGAGUCGUUUCCUUUCGAGUGGAGGCACCACUCAGACGUAACAUCCGACGCCCGCGCUGAAUGGCAGAAGAGUUGGCAGAAGCAACCAAGCAAUACCAGUACUGUCGCGGCCUCAACGUCCGACGACAAUCCUGACAGUCAGCCCAUACGCCCUGCCAAAGUUCGGAAGCUCGUAUCUAGGGCAGAGAUCGCUGCAGAAGAAGAGCGAUCGCGGGCCGCCAGUACUGGAAUUCAAGCAAGCUUGUCGCAACCUGUGGAGCAGCCGGCCCCGCGACGUGAGAUUCCUGAUAGCUACGAGGAAAGUGCCCCCGUGGAACCCGAAGCGGGGCAGUCCGAAGCUAGGGAAUUUCGUGUGGAGGUAGGAAGGCCCAAGGAUUUUGAGACCUCCGAAUACGCGGCCGUCCAGGCGACUCAGCCGUCUCCUGCUGAAGUCGCCAGUGACCUGGUUCCUUCGUCUUUAUCAACCCCAGCUUUCAAACGACCGAGGAGUCGACCUCACAAGCCAAAGCAGUUUGUCUGGGACGAGGAUAUCGAAGAAGAGAUUCCAGAUUCACAAGAAAACGAAUCGUCGUCUUUCAAACCUUCUUCCGGAACAGUAACAUCGAGACCUGACUAUACGGCGAAGAAUACUCAGAUAAACACAGAGGCAUCUCUUGUCCGAAUCGAGUUUCACGUUACUAAGCUGGUAUCGUCUAACAGCCACUCUGGCAUCACCGAGAGCCACUUAGCAGCCGAGCCUGCGAGAGAAGAGAAUAUUGAAAGUUCAGAGCCGACUUCAGCUCAACGUUCAUCGAGUGAGGAACCCUCCAGUCAAUCUGGCCGUUAUCCGUCUGCACAGAUACGAUCCCCAGCUGGAAACCUUCUAUCUCAAUCGCAAUCUCCCGAGGGACCACGGUCUGACUCGGUCGGACCAGACCAGCUGCUGUCAGUAAAUAGCGUGGAUUCUGGUGAGGAAGAGAGACGAGAAACAGCAAGCCCUGUGGUGGAUAGUCCAGACCCCGGUGAUUUGGAGAUUCGAGGAAUAGCAAGCCCUGUGGUAAACUGUGCACAGACCCAACACCCUCAACUACAUUCUCAGUUUCUUCAAGACUCACAAUUGCAAGCUGGAGCAUCUCCAGCAAGAUCCAUAUCUCACCCUACUAACUCGCAAGCCUCAGAGCCCAUCUCACAUAGUCAACCUUCCUCUUUGCCCCAAUCUCGUUUUCCUCAUAUUGGAAAUUCACAGGACGAUUCAAGAGAGAUCAAUCUACCUUCAGGUGACACUUUUCCCGACCUAGAGCCCGAAGCAUCCGGAAUAGAUCAAAUCGACGAUACGCAAAAGUCCUCUAGUAGCUCUGGAUUUCGAAGCCAAAUCUCUACAUCGAGCCAUCUUCCUAGUCCCCCGGUCGAGGAAGUCAAGCAAAGCAUUGAACAGAACGAGGAAGCAACACCGGUCAAGUCGUCUCAGUUUAAAGAGCCUGUCUCUAGUCCGUCAAGCCUAUUGUCAACAACGGGGAUUUUCGCAACGAUGGAACCAAGUAUUGAACCAAUUGCUCCUCCACCACCUUCGGACCCAACCUCAAAAUUAAAGGCGAUAAUGGCUGAAUUAAGAGCGAAAAGGGCAUCGGAAACAGCCGGAGCUUCUAUGGCUUCUAUAUCCCCAUCACCAGCACCCUCAUUUCGAAGAGAAGGAGCUUCCAUAGCUUCUUUAUCGGUAUCUUCUGCAGCACAUCUGCAGAAUGAGCGAGCCGCUGCUGCUAACCAAGAAGUACUGGUACAAACGGCCGAAGAGACGUCAACUCCUGCAGUAAUACAAGGCUCUCAGAUUGUCGAAGCCAUAUCCUCCGAGUCUCCACCUCCUCCGCCACUCACUAGGUCUCCUAAAGCGUCCCCAGAGCGUCGGCAGCCAAGUAUUGAGCAAGAGCUGGUCCUGGAGCAAGAGUCAGCUACAGAGCAUACUUUGGAUUCACCGCCACUUGAUGUUCUUCCUUUACGAAAAAACGAGUUCGACAUACCUUUACCCAUCGUGGGCCUUACGAGAGGUAUUUACGUUCAGGUAAUUGAAGCUCACGAAGCCAAACUUUCUUUCUACCGCAAGAAGGCGGGCUUCUACAAAAGCAUUCUAGUAGAGAUCAGCUCUUUGGUGGAUGAUCUUCAUAAGGUUUGCAGCCAUAUAGGCUUACUGGAAAACGACGCAUCGCAAGAAGCGGUCUCGCCGGCAGAGCAAGCUAAAUUUGCAGAGAAUGUCAGUACGAAAGCCAUUUUUCUCGCCGAAUUCCUGCCACUAUUGAAAGAAAGUAAUGAGCAUAUCGUCAUUCUGGUACGGCCUGGUAAAAUGUUGAUGAUUUUGCAACAUCUCUUACUUCAGCACCGAAUCAUGCACUGCCGGGCAGAUCAGCCAGGAUGGAAAGAGACAAGAACAUCGGGAAAUCUAUUCCGGGUUACUCUUUAUCCCACGGGUAUUGAAAGAUUCAAGGUUGAUCCACCUUCGCUUGUCAUUGCUUUCGACUCGACCGCUCAAUCGGCACCUCAGCUCAGUGAGUUGCGGACUUCAAGAUCCCUGGACCAUCCAGUACCUCUAUUCUCUCUACUGGUAACCAACUCGAUUGAGCAUCUGGAAAGGUGUUUUGAUUCUAGCCUCGAGCCUUCCGAUAAGAAUUUUAAGCUUUUAAGAUGCAUCAUCCAACUUAUGGAUCGGGUUGGCGACAUUGACGAGGCUGUUUAUCAUUCUCCGCCAGAUGCCGCUAAGGUUGCCGCCGAAUUCAUACGUGACGGAGGUGCUUGGCCACUAUUGCCGAUGCCGGAAAUAGAAGGACUCGACCUGAGCCUUAUAAACAGCCAGUCCCUGUCUUCGGAAGAAGCAACGGCUUCGGCGUCCGAAACUUACAGCGUGUCUUCUCUGCAGGUUCUCCAACCAGGUUUUAAGCGGGACUUGGCUACAGAAAACUCAGUCGAAACAAAUCCAUCAAAAAAACGAAGAUUUACUCCGGUAUUGGCCGAGUCUGACAAUUUACGCACCAGUGACACUAUUCCGUGUUCGACGCCAGCAGGUUUAGAUGAGCCAGAGGACUUGGAUAUCGAUGCACUUCUGAAGAAGGUCAACGAUCUAGAAUCACAACUGCGCAGCAAAGAUGCUACGGAGCUAGAGAUUUUAGAAAUCAACUCUGAUUUGGAGAGUCGCUGCAAGGACUAUGAAAAGAGCAUUGCUUCGAUUCAGCCUAAAUAUCAAGAAGCCCUCGACGAUAGAGGAAGCUUCGAAUACGAGUGCAUUCAGGCAAAAGCCCGCGAGAAUUCAGGUCAGAAGCAGCUUGACGACAAAGAUGCAAAGAUAAAGAAGUUGCUUGAGAAGAUCGAGUCGCUAGAAGCCGAGCUCGCCGCUGCGCAUACCGCUCUCGCGACUUCAGCUAGCCCCAAAGCAGCCGAAUUCGCCCGAAUCAGAGAAGAACUCGAGCAGUCCAAAGCACGGGAAUCACAGUUGCAUAAACGUCUUACGGCCGCGAAUAAUGACCUCGACUACAUACGCGAUUCAUACCAGACCGCGUCCGCGCGUGCCAAGGAGACACAAAGCAAUUAUACCACCCUCGUGUCCGAAAACACUUCGUACCGGGAAAAAAACAAGGUUGAUAUGGUGCGCAUCCAGGAGAUACAAUCGGCCAACGAGAACGCGGAGCUCAGAAAGAGUAACAAGCAGCUAAGAGCCCGGGUGGGCGACUUGGAACGUGCGACAGAAAAGAUGAGUGAGGAGCUUAAGGCGCUUACAAGUGGGCGCAGAGCGGUGAGGGCAGCCAGCGCGCCGAAGAGUAUGAGUCCGGGCCCGAGGCAGAGGAUGUUGCAGCUUAGCAGUCGGGGCAACAGUCCUACGCCACGGGAGAUUGGUGCUGGCGGGAAUGGGUACCCGAUUGGAGCGGCGCUGUCGUCGGGGCCGUCGAACUUGAGAAAUGACAAUACUUCCUCCUCAUGA